GCUUCAGUCUCGCCUCCCGCUUGGAGCGGCAGGCACGCUGCUCGUCCGUUUCCCGAGCGGCCGAGCCGGCAAGCGAUGCCCGAAAGCGAGGCUGCCUAUCGCGCUCCGUCUGUCCCCUGCAGCAGCGCCUCCGCCACCUCUUCUCCCGGGCCGAACAGCAUAGGCGGCGGGGGUGAAGGAAGAGGAGGAGGAGGACGUGACCGAAGCCGCAGGAGCGACUCACGCUCCGUUUUGAUAACCAUGUUGGCCGUUGCCUGAGCGGUGCCUGCUCUGGAGACCCCCGGACUCCCCGAGGCAAAGUUUGUUCUGCUGGCUGUCGCCGCCCCUUGCUCUGGACUUAGACGCGCGCGAGCGAGGGAGAUUUAAUUUAAUUGGGGGAGGGGACGGAUAAUUCUAGUGAGGGGGCUACGCCGCGCCUUCUUCUCCGCCUCCUGGGCUUUUCCUCUGCCCACCCCCUCCUCCUGACGCCGCGGCUGCUGAAUAAGAAGACCAAGAAGAGGGACGCUUUGGGAAAGGGGCGGUUGGCGGAAGGCUAGCUGGCCUCUGCCGCCAGCACCCAGCAGAUCCGGAGAAGCGGAUCCUCUUCUGAUGAACGCAUCUCCGUGAACUGGAGCGGCAGCCUUGCGCCGGCAACCGGGCAGCCUGCGAUCCACCUGUCUUGAGGAUUUAAAGCCGCCCCGACAUCUCUUCUUGGCUCUCCUGUUGCGGGACUUUGAUUGCCGAGAGCUGGGAAGGAUUUUAAUCCUCCCCUUUCAUUGUUGCCGAAAAGGGACAGAGCCAGUUUUCUGAAGUCUGCCUUCCCUCCCAGUCGCCCGCUCAUCUCCCCCGCCGACCCUUCCUCGCACCAGCAGACCAGAAGCAGAAGGAAGAGACGGAGACAAAAAGGGACAAUGAAGACUUCGUGGCUAACUUUCGCCUUCCUUUGGGGAAGCAUUUGCACACGAUCCAGCCAGGGAGAGGCGGAGACAAGAGAAUGCAUUUAUUACAAUGCCAACUGGGAACUGGAGAAGACUAACCAGAGUGGAGUGGAGCGUUGUGAAGGUGAAAAAGACAAGCGCCUGCAUUGCUAUGCGUCCUGGAGAAACAACUCUGGAUCCAUCGAACUAGUGAAGAAAGGAUGUUGGCUUGAUGACUUCAAUUGUUAUGACAGGGAGGAAUGUGUGGCCACAGAAGAGAACCCACAAGUAUAUUUCUGUUGUUGUGAAGGGAAUUUCUGCAAUGAAAAGUUCACUCACUUGCCUGAACCUAAUGGCCCACAAGGUUAUGAAAAAAGGAGGCUGGCUAUGAAAAGACGUGAAGAACGGUUGCAGAAAUUGGUGGUUUAUGAGCCACCGCCUCCAAAUGCCUCCUUGCUCCAUGUUGUGGUUUAUUCCUUGUUUCCCAUGACUGCUCUCUCCAUUGCCAUUUUGCUGGCUUUUUGGAUGUACCGUCACCGCAAACCUCCAUAUGGGCACGUCGAUGUCAGCGAGGACCCCGGACCCCCACCUCCUUCUCCAACAGUUGGACUGAAGCCAUUGCAGUUGUUAGAGGUCAAAGCCAGAGGUCGUUUUGGCUGUGUCUGGAAAGCACAACUGAUGAAUGAGUAUGUGGCAGUGAAAAUCUUCCCCGUACAGGACAAGCAAUCUUGGCAAAGCGAGAGGGAUAUCUUCAACACCCCGGGAAUGAAGCAUGACAACCUUUUGCAGUUUAUUGCAGCCGAGAAGAGGGGAACAAAUCUGGAAACGGAGCUGUGGCUGAUCACCGCUUUCCAUGAUAAGGGGUCUUUGACUGACUAUCUGAAGGGGAACGUUGUCAACUGGAAUGAGCUCUGCCACGUGGCAGAAACGAUGGCCCGUGGACUCUCCUAUCUGCAUGAGGACAUCCCCUGGUGCAAGGGAGGGCAUAAGCCUGCUAUAGCCCACAGGGAUUUCAAGAGCAAGAAUGUGCUGCUGAAGAAUGAUUUAACCGCUGUGCUUGCUGACUUCGGACUGGCCGUACGCUUUGAACCCGGGAAGCCUCCAGGAGAUACUCAUGGACAGGUGGGAACCAGAAGAUACAUGGCUCCUGAGGUCCUGGAAGGAGCAAUUAAUUUCCAGAGAGAUUCCUUCCUGAGAAUUGAUAUGUAUGCCAUGGGCCUGGUAUUGUGGGAGUUGGUUUCCAGAUGCACAGCAACUGAUGGUCCUGUGGAUGAGUACUUACUGCCUUUUGAAGAAGAAGUUGGCCAACAUCCAUCCCUUGAGGAGCUGCAGGAGAUUGUGGUCCAUAAGAAGAUGCGUCCUGUGUUCAAGGACCAUUGGCUUAAACACCCUGGCAUAGCUCAGCUGUGUGUUACAAUUGAAGAAUGCUGGGAUCAUGAUGCGGAGGCCAGACUGUCAGCCGGUUGUGUGGAAGAGCGCAUCGCCCAGAUUCGCAAGUCAGCCAAUGGUAGUACCCUCGACUGCCUUGUUUCCAUCGUGACCUCUGUCACCAACGUAGAUUUGCUGCCCAAAGAGUCAAGUAUCUAAAAUCCUUGUUUGCCUUUUUUUUUCCCACUGGUCUCUUCAGACGCAGUGGAUUUUUUUUUUCCGAAAAAAAAAAAUUGCAGAAUUCAACACACACACGCAUACAUAUACAUGAAUGCAGCUGCUAUUUUCUUGACUUUUCUUGCUAUUGUUAUUAUUUGUUGUGUUGUUGUUGUUGUUGUUUUGAUUGAAUCAAUUUACCAGCAUAUUGCUCUACUGUAUUGAAAAGAGAAAAAAAAAUAAUAAGAGAAAGACAUCACUCUGAAAGCGUCCAGGUGCCGACUAAUGAAUGCAGUUACAGUGCAGGUACCUCAAAGCCUCAGUGAACUCUCUUCGUUUCUUUUUCAACCUGUUUUCUCUUCUAACUAACCUGCAAUUUUUACACCAAAUAUCAGUGAUAACAAGGAAAGAACCUACUCAUCUUCUUAUACAUGCUGCAAAAUCAAGACUGUUCCAUGAGAUCACACCUCUCAAAAAAUGGAUUUCUCCACCCCCCUACUACUACUACUACUUUUCCUUUCCUUUCUUUUCUAUUUUAGACAGUGAGCUUAAAAAAAAAAAGAAAAAAGCAGAUGUGUCUUUUACGGGUCUAACGGGUGUUGCGUUCUUUGGGGGGGGAGUGACUGAGUCGAGAAUAUUAACUCUGAUGGUAGAAUUGAAAAUGAGAAGUUAGGGCUGGGUGGAGAUGUUGGACUUUUGCAGCAUUUGGAGAAACAGUGGCUAAAGAGUUACUUCUCAGGAAAACAGUUAAUGAGAGGAUGGGCAAGUUUUGAGGCAUAUUAAACUGCUACAACAUGCAGAAAAAGUUGGGUCACAAAAUCACUGAUACAAAUGGAUUCUUAAAAUAUCUCAGGCUUGGGUAAUGAAUUAAAUGAAACCAACCCUUUCUAUUACAUUUAUAAGUUCAGAGAAUGAGGUCUUAGGAUUCAAUAACUGCAGAUUUCCCUCAGUUGUCUUAACAGGGCAAAGUUACAGCCCUAAACAAUUUUUCUGCCAUUUUAAUCAAAUUUAAAAAAAACAACAACCCACGAAAGACAACAACCUGGAGCUUUAAAAAGGCCAGUGUAUCCAGUUAUGUAUUGGCAUUUGGUAUUCAAUGUCGUUCACGAUGUGAAACAGCCUUUUCUUUGAAGACUCAUUGAAAUCAGUAAAACUUAACUUCCAAGUAAAUGUAGCCAGGACUAAUAAAAUUCAAUCUCACUCUUAGAUCUUAGAUAUCUGCAGGACAAAUGUCAAGGCUGUUUAGCUGCUAUGACUUAUCAGGCAUUGUAAAGGGAGAUAAACAUUCCCCAUUAAGGACACAGAAAUGCCAUCACCAAUUGUCCCUGAGUCUUCAUGGGAAUGGACAUGGCGUGUAUAAAAAAAAAAAAUCAAGAUGGCAGCUGUGAUCAUGGCCAUCUUAACUUUUUUGACACCUUCUCUGGACACGUCUCCAUAGUCCUUUGGCAAAGAUCAUGGCGGUUGAAUACAGUUGAAUACAGUUGUCUAUCUUUCUUUGAUUUAUGGUAAGAAUAGAUAUAGUUUAGGCCAAUGUGUCUCAACCUUGGCAACUUACAUCUUUUAUAGAGUUCUGUUUCUAAGUUUACUUUCACACUUUAACACAAAUUCCUUUGCUUUCAAUACAGCUCACAGCUGGUUGAAAUUGAUGGGUUUUGAUUUUUCUUGAUUCUUCAUUCUCUGAAGUCUGUCACCCAACUUUUUCGUCUUAACAGUGGUGCAUAUUUUCAAUACUCUUAAUUCUACUAUGCCAUAAAAUCCGCUCUAGUCAGUGAAUACUCCUAAUGCUGCCAAUAUAACAUUUAAAUAUUUUUUUAACCUGCAAAACAUGCAAUGAUUUAUAAAAAAAAAAAAAAAAACUUAGAAUACACAUACACAUGAAGUGGCUUUUGAGGUUUAACUAAAAAAGUAAACCUCGACCACAGACCACCUCAAACCAGAAAUACCUCAAAAUUUUCUACUUGUAUGAGUUUUAUUAUAUAUUUUGUUAGUUGUGUUAUCUUGGAGUAUGUAAAUUUUAACGUAAGUUGGCUUUUAUGAAAAGGGAGUUUUAAAAAAAGAAGAAGAAAAAAGAAAAAAUUUCCCCCAAUCUUUUAGAAAAUGCUACCACUUCUUUUCUUUUUCUUUCUAUAAAGCACCAUUGUAAAUACAUGUAAACAAUUUUAGAGGAAUUGGCUAUACAAGAUUCCUGGACAUAUUCACCAUUACUUGUGAAGGCUUGUUUCCAUUAUUUAAAAAAAAAAAUUGGUGGGAGUAGCAGGAGCACAAGUUGUUUUAGCAAAGAAUUAUUAGUAUAGCAUUUCCUUUAUGAAAUAUUUUCCUCAGGAGAUGCUAAUCAAAUUAUUUUCUUUAGAUUUGUUAUUCAGCUGUUGGUUGACUGACACCCAGUUAACGCAAUACAAAUUUGAUCAUUCAGUAAAAACACAAAGGUUGCAAUGCAAUUCCUUUUCCCCAAAGCAUUUUAAUUAACUGUAGGAGAAUCUCAGAGAAGCUUUUCUAACAAAUAAAGAACAGCAAAAGGAAACUAAUCUUGCCAAGCGGGCAUGUGGAAGCAGAGGUGCCCAAAACGAAUUGCCUUUUUUGCUUUAUAAGACAAGAAAGAGAGUCGCUUUUGACUGCUUAUGAAUGUGCAAAAAAAAAACAAAAAAAAAACCAGUUUCACUCUGCAUGCUUCUGUAUCUAUUUCAAGGGGGGGAAGAAUUGAAAUUUGCGAUUUUAUCCUUUUCUUGGGAAAAACAGCUGCCUCUCUAAUAAGGAAGCAGAAAUACUGAUGCUCCUUCUCUUUGCUCAAUGCUUGAAUCUCUAAACUAUUUAAGGUAACCGUGAGCAAUCCUGAAAUACGUUAGGUUUGCUUUUACAUAAGCUAAAAUUAAUUGAGGAAGAUGAGUUAAUUUAUUACUUCAAAAAAUGGUUGUAGAUGGCAAAUGCAGGCACCUUUUCUGAACUUCAGGAGUGGGCUUCUGUUAGGGAACAAGUGGUGACAUGUAUGUAAUCAUACAGAUGCCAUGAUGUAUAUAUUUUGUCUCAGGUGUCCUGCAACUUGUACAUAAUGGAGGCAUUUGCAUAAUUACAUCAUUGUGCAGAUGUCAUUUUGGUGUCAUUGCAGCUUCUGCAGGCACCGUGAAUUUCUUGGGGAUUUAUUCAACAAUUGUCAGUGACUACUAUGUUAAAAGACUAACUUUGCAUAUGAUUGACUAAACAGGAUGAUAGUUUCAUUGGUCAUGGGCUGUCCAUUUUUUUCCCCGGAAUAGACUUUUAUCGUUCUUCACUCUGUUUUAUAUCAAGAUUAAGCAUCUGAUUGAUUCAGAAACUUGAUUUGGCACUGGCUCUAUUAAGAAAAAAACAAAAUCUUAGAGUCAGUGAUUUAAUGCAUUCAGAAUAUACAAGAAAGUGGUUGGCACAUUUGCUCUGCAAAGCCUCAAGCCACUGUGGAGAAUCAAACUAAGACAACAUGGGCCCACCCAUGUAUUAUGAUUUUUAAAGUUAUUAGCAACUCCUUUGAUUUUUGCAGUCUCGACGUAAAGUAAUGUUUUGAGCAGAGACUAUAAUUUUACAUACGGGAGUAGCAGGCUUUAUUUGGAAGGCUACCAAUUAGGAGGCCUCAACAAAGUUCUAAUUUAUGUCUUUAUGGAUGAUAAUGUUGCCCUUAACAACAGUGGCUUCUGCAAAAAACAAAGUGAAGGAAAAUAGAUCUAUUGAGGUGAAAUAAACCUUGACAUCUGAAUGUCACUAACAGCCAUGGUGCAUGGUUAGCAGUGAGGAAGUUACACACUGUUAUUAUUGCUGUAUUGCUUCAAGUGUGCUUAUUCCUGUCUCGCAGCAUUGUUACUAUAAUGGUUAAAAUAAGCUUCAUACAGCAGUUGCUUUGCUUUUCCAUUGAAACAAAAGUUUUGAGAAGCUUUAAAGUAUUUAUUGAAAGUGCCA